AUGGAAGAAAUUUUGUGUGAACUGACUGGAGGAGACGUGAACGAGCAGGGUUUGCCACCAGGGUUCAGAUUCCACCCAACUGAUGAAGAGCUUAUUACCUUUUAUCUGGCUUCAAAAGUGUUUAACGGCCGUUUCUGCGGUGUGGAGAUUGCCGAGGUAGACCUCAACAGAUGUGAGCCUUGGGAGCUUCCGGAAGUGGCGAAAAUGGGGGAGAGAGAAUGGUAUUUCUUCAACUUGAGAGACAGAAAGUACCCAACUGGGUUGAGAACAAACAGAGCCACAGGGGCUGGGUAUUGGAAAGCGACAGGGAAAGACAGAGAGGUGUACAGUGCUUCGAGUGGUUCACUGCUUGGGAUGAAGAAGACGCUGGUUUUCUACAAGGGCAGAGCCCCUCGUGGUGAGAAGACCAAAUGGGUCAUGCACGAGUACCGCCUUGACGGCGACUUCUCCUACAGUAGUCACACGUGCAAGGAGGAAUGGGUAAUAUGCAGAAUAGUGCACAAAAUGGGUGAGAAGAAAAACCCAGUGCUCCAAGGACAUAAUAGCUACCUGUUGGAAGUUUCCUCAUCUCCCAACACCAGUUGUUCCCUACCUCCUCUGCUUGAAACCCCAACAACACUAUUGGAAUCCCCAUCCCAAAACCACCCAAUGCAUUCCCUCCAAAACUCUUUUCUCAUUGAUCACCGUCAAGAAAGUAACCAGCUGAUAUCUCUAACCCACCCACUUGUCUCCCAACCAAACCUGUUUUCAAUAAAUGGGUUCUUCCAACCCUCCUUUUUACCCACUCCCAACACCAACAGCAUCACCACAUCAAACAAAGACACAGACACCAACUACCACGGCCCAUCCCCAUCACCAUCACCAUCACCAUCACCAUCCAUCCUCUUCAAGUCUCUCCUCUCACAUCAGGAACCAGCAGCAGCCACUAUUCCAAAACAGUGCAAGACAGAAGCCAACUUUUUCCAUUUUCAACUAUCUGAAUCUGAUGCUAAGUUACGCGGGGCAUAUAAGAAUCAGCAAAGCACCACCUAUAAGAAUCCUUUAUUUCUUGGGUGGGAUUGCAGUGUAAUGGGGUUCUCAUCUGGUGCUGGAGCAGAUGCUCUUAAUGACAUGUCCAGUACUCCAGUUGCUUUCAACAAUGCCGGCUUUCAGGUGUUUGUAGAUCCUUCCAUCAAAGCCACGGCAGAUUCUUGGCCUUUCCAUCUUUAA